AUGGUGAUAAUAAGUUCGUUGACAGUGCUUAAUAACGGUGGUGGUACAAGUCCACCACCAACAAAAUCACGCAUCAGCAUAGACUGGGAUAUAAAUGAUACAAUUGUGCCAGCGGUUAGUGAUUUUGAUGAAUUUAAUGAAUGGUCAAAUGGACAUUGUCGUUUAGUGUAUUCGUCGGCAAGUGAAGAUGCUAAAAAACAUGCAUCCGGUUGGGCAAUGAGAAAUACCAAUAAUCAUAAUGUGAAUAUUUUGAAAAAAAGUUGCUUGGGUGUUCUAUUGUGUACGGCUAAAUGUAAGCUACCGAAUGGAAAUAGUGUUCAUUUGAGGCCGGCUAUUUGUGACAAAGCUCGGAGGAAACAACAAGGAAAACAAUGCCCAAAUAGAAAUUGUACUGGUCGUUUGGAAAUUCAAGCUUGCCGAGGACAUUGUGGUUAUCCAGUGACACACUUUUGGCGUCAAGCCGGAGAUGCAAUAUUCUUCCAAGCCAAAGGAACCCAUGACCAUCCCCGACCCGAAGCUAAGGGCUCCAGUGAAGCUAGACGUUUAUUGGGUGGUGGUGGCCGUCGGGUUAGAAGUUUGGCCAUGAUGCUUGCCAGAGAUGCUGCCUUGAAUAAUAAAUUAUGUAGCUUAAGAGGAACAACAAAACGUACUUCGUCGAAAAUUCUGAGUGAUAAUUUCUCUCCAAAGAAAAAGUGUCAAUGUCCAAUUUCGAAUUGCCAAUGCAGAUCAAUUGUGACAAAUGUAACAGCAAUCAAUGGAUCGCCAAGCUAUCAAUCAGAUGGAACUCCAAUUUAUGCUUGGCCAAAUUCAAAUGAACAUUUUAAUUCACAAAAUACUAUUUACCAACAUGAUGACCUUCAUCAUCAUCAUCAUCAUCAAGGUCAUCAAAAGGAUCCCAUGACCAACAAUGAUAUCCUUUAUUAUCAAAAUUCAUCAGGUUCAACACAAAAUUAUUACUCAUCACCAUCGUCAAAUGGAAUGUAUUACCAAACUUCACCAACAUCAUCGGUUAUGGAUCAAGGACAAAUUUCGACAACAACAAGUCAUCAUCAAUUGAAUCCGAAAUGGAUAUAUGAGAGUUGUGAUGAUACCUCAAGCCUCACAUCAACUUCAUCAUCAUCAGCAAGCAGUUCAGAUGAUUAUUACCUGCCAUCAAUGACUUUGACAGAUAUGAGUCAAACUUGUCAGACGAAUACAAGUCAAAACAUUUCAACAACUAGCAACAGUAUUUUGGAUAAUUUCAAAUCAUUUUUUGAUGAAAAUAUUUAUAAUACAGUUUAUGAUACAACAACAACAACAACUAGUACUCCAAAUUAUGUAGAUCCAAAUGAGUCCUUUACACAGAGUAUGUCAUCGCCAGCGUUUUCGGAUAAUUAUCAGUCAAUGUUUGAUAAUAAUCUUGUUAAACAGCAAUCGGUAUCACAAUAUCAGCAACAACAACAAGUUGAUAGUGGUCAUUCAAGUCCUGAUUUUUUCUACAGCAACACUGGAAGGGAUAAUGUUUGGAAUAUUCAAAUGGAUACGACUAAUUUGUAUCAUCAUCAGCAGAGUCAUCAUCAGUAUCAACCACAACAACAAGAAGUUACGGGUGUGUUUUAACAAAAGCACGCGUUCAUUUGU